AUGGCCAGUACAAGCUUGACGGCUUCCUAUCUGACGCCGGACCCAAGCUUCAAUUGGUUUUUUCUUUUGGAGCUGAUCGUCUCCUGUAUCCUGGUCCUUUUCUUCCUCCUUUACUUCAAUCGACUAUUCGCGACCCUCGUAUCAUAUGCAAUUCGAGCAUACACUUGGCACUACUAUCGCGUCUAUAUCGAUAUUAACGCGCUGCAAAUUUCGCUACUCGGUGGUCGAAUAUUUUUCAAAGGCAUCAGGUACCAUGGCGCCAACGAGACGAUUUUCAUCCACGGCGGUUUCAUAACAUGGAGGUAUUGGAAGCGCAACGUGGAAGGGACGGACCUCUCAGAGGUUCGGCGCAAGACAGGAGGAUUGGACACAUCCGAAGGGUCCAAAAGUGAUUCUGCCGGCACCUGUGGGAAAAGUGAUGGCCGUGGAGAAGAAGGCGGCGAGGGCAAGGCCACAGAGUUACCAUGUCGCGUCUCCAUCAAGGUCUACGGCCUGGAAUGGUUCAUUUACAAUCGCAGCCCAGCCUAUGACAGUAUUCUGGCAGGGUUCGGAUAUACCAAAGAUGGUAAAUCAGACACAGAUGAGGACAGCCCAUACUCGCCAACUUCGUCUACUGGCUCGCAACCGGAACGCCAGCGUACCAACGACACGGUCAAUAUCCGAUCUGCGAACGAACCCAAGCCGGAAUCAAAUGAUCUGCCAGAGCGCCAUACGACUGAAGAUGAUAAUUUGCGAUCCCGGAAGACCGAUAUUCGCCAAGCUGAGUUGUCGGAACCCGUCUCAAACAUGCUUCAGCUUCUCCCGGUGAAGCUUGAAUGCACCAAAGGCGCUGUUGUGCUUGGAAACGAGAAUACCAGAUCUGUCUUGACCACUACUUUUGAUAGUGCGACAGGGAACAUCGCUGCAUGCAACGCCGGACCUCUUGAUCUUUACCGGCAAUUUUUUGCGUUCAAUUUCAGUCAUCCUGUCAUUCAAAUGCGCCCUAACCCCGACUUCAAACAAACCCAACUAGCAACUGCCAAAGUUCUGAGUGCUGCAGAAAAAGAUGAUCCUUUAAAAAGCAAAAAAAGGCGGAACCCCUUCAGCUACCGAUUUCACAAACGCAAGCUAUGGCAUGGUAUUCGAGAUCUCGUCCCGUAUUUUCAGAGCUCUGUCGAGUCCUUUCAUUCCAGCAUCAAGCAGGCAGAUUAUCUGCCACGAAGUCAAGCAGAGUUUCCCGAAGUUCGUUGGACUGGAUUGUCCCGGUAUCUCGAUCAAAACGAUUCGGACGACCAUGAACAAUGGAAUUCGGUCGAGUAUGCGAGGUUUUCAACAAUCAUAGACAGCCCUAGCUUGGAUUUGACCUAUUUCUGGGAUAUACCGGGACGGGUUUGUCCUCAACACCUGGCUUCCACCCAGUCUGGCCAUGAUAAGAUGGACAAAAACAUCAACCACGCUCUUCCUCCGGAAUGGGGUAUCGACAUGAAAAUCGAUGGCGGCACAAUCAACUACGGGCCUUGGACCGAUAGGGAAAGAAUCGGCUUGCAAAAUGUUUUCUUCCCAAAUUUCUACCGAAGUUCCGAUCCUGCAGAGCAAUUGGCCCCCGGUGUCUUGAGGCAAAGUACAGCAUUUAGAUUGCGUGUUGAGAUCAGCAGCGAGCUUGAACUGCGAAUUCCUACCCGCGAGCAAUCAAAAGAUUGGCAAUGGAAAGGUCGAGCCGAUGCCAUCAGGGGUUCCUCAAAGGCAAAAGGUCAACAGGAGAGAAGGAAAUCUCGCCCGAAAGAAGGUGAAAAAGGAACCCUUGGUUCCGACAUCCGUCCAUUUGGAUGGCUAUCCCUCUGUGUGGCAGCCGACUCUUCUAUCAGCUACGCUAUGGACAUGGUGGCUUCUAGUCUGGGCUUUCGAAACGAGCUCACUCUUGAUUUGCGAGAGUCGAAAUUGUCUUCCAGUGUGAACCAUGGACUCCUCUGGCAGUGUCCUCGACAACUUGUCACAUGUGACUUGUCCAACCCUCUCAUUUGGAAUAGUCUUCGAUCGUGGAGAUUUACUGUCCACAGCCAGGAUUUGGAACUGUUCCUCUUAAGAGAUCAUAUUUUUCUUCUGACUGAUCUUGUGAGCGAUUGGGCGUCAGGGCCACCAUCUGAGUACUACACAUUUGUGCCAUUCAUCUACCAUAUUGAUCUCGUCUUUUCGAAUCUUCAGCUUUUGGUCAACGUGAACGAUCGAAACAUCAUUAGCAACCCGACUGAUUUGGAGGACAAUCGAUUCAUUGUCAUCAAGGGCAAGACAUUAACGGCGAAUGUGACGAUCCCGCUCAACAAAUUUCAGCCUGAUCAAAACGCUGUAGAUUUCAAAGUUAAUCUCGAGGACGGAGGUGUGGACUAUCUCACACCCGGUUGGGAUACCUUGCAUGCUUUUUUACCAGGAAAGUCCAUGGCCACGCUGGACAACCUAUUUAUUGAUGGGUCCUACAACUAUUUCCACAUGACCUCGCCUGAGUUGACAGAUACAUUGGUACUCAACAUCAACGGAGGGUCGCCUCGAAUGUAUCUGUACGGGUUUUUGAUUAAGAGUUUCAUGACAGUUCGAGAGAACUACUUUGGAGAUGAAAUGCACUUCAAAACCCUCGAGGAAUACCAAGAAAUGGUCAACGCCGAGGAACUGCCAUCCAACCCCACCGGAAUAAACCCGAACAGAAAGUCCAACGAUAUGGAUGUAUUGGUCCAUGUCACUGUCGAUAGCCCCUGUGCUCUGCUUCCCGAGAGUAUCUACGAGCAGUCCAAAUGCUCGAGGCUUCGCGCCGCCUCACUUGAGGUUGAUCUACGUUUUACGAAUUACUACAUGGACAUGCAACUUUCGAUAAGUCCGCUCAAAAUCGACCUGCAGUCAGUCCAGCAGGAUGGAUCCACGUCCAUUACAGGAACCCAGUUGUUCAUUGAUGGUAUCUCAGCCUAUGGUCAUCGUUUAUUUGGACUACCACCUGCAGAGCCGACCUAUGUUUGUAACUGGGAUUUCGAUGUUGGCAGAAUCCUGGGUGAAUGCUCCACGGAGUUCUUGCAAUGCUUGUCUUCCAGUCUGAAAAGCUUCGAUUUCUCAUUCGACAACGAAGAAAACGCCCUCGCACCACUAUUCCCUCCUGUUCUGUAUGAUGUCACUUUCUUGAGGGCAAAAAUCAGCUCUAUCCAUGUCUCUGUGCUGCUGGACCAAGUUGCUGUGGUCUUGAAAUCGAGCCCGCUGACAACGAAAUUCAAUGACUGGGCCAAUUCAAAGUUCUCAAAACGAUUGAGCUUGUUGGUUCCUGAUGUCACGGUCGCUGCCAUUGAUCGCAAUAAUGUGGCCCAGGCUCUUCGAACACCUGAGAAAACUGUAAAUACACUGGGCCUCAUCCAGCUGUCAAUCGGGCUCAAGAUGGCUAUGCGCAAGAGAGGCAUUGGCGAGCGUCGUCGCCUGCAACAGGAACAUAUUAAGGCCCAUGACAAACGGACUCAUCGAGCCCAAUGGUUACUCUUUGACUGGGAAGAGAUUGGUCCAACCUCAUCCUUUGCCGAUAGGGAAGAAGACCUCUCGCCCCCGACAAUGGCCAUUCCAUCAAUGCCUGAGCCUAUCCAAGGAGGGUUCGGGUCUAGAAGCAUUCCAUCGUACCAUGGGUCUUCGAGAACUUAUUCAUCCAACACCAGCGGGCGAAGCUUCCUGGUUCCUUCCGAGACAUCGAGUCUUAGAAGUGUCAAAUUUCCUAGGAAAUAUGAUUCGCGAACGCUUUCAAGCUCUGAACAAACUCAACGACCCGAUCCUCCUUUCCGCGAUGCUAGCCGGUCUAGCCGGGUGAAGGAUACUGAUAGCGUUUAUUAUACUCCCAAGUCGAUGCCGUAUUCCGCUGCAGCAAUCCGGGACGCAAAUCCUUGGAUCCUACCGCAAUUUUCUUACCACAAACUUUCCCUCGACACAUCUGAAUUACCGUCUCCUGCAGAAAAGCAAGGCUUUGAGGGAGACGAUACUGAAAACAACAACGAAUCCAUGUUCCUGACAUUUGAAGACGACCAAACAACCUACACCAACUUUGCCAUCGACCUUCCUUUGGGAAUCAGGGGGUUUUGUACUCCAAGAUUUCUCCACAGCUUGGCGUCAUUACUUGACGGACUCGAACCCAAGCACCCCAUCCAGAUCAUGGAUGCUCUACAAAAGGAUGUCGUCUCCGAUAUUGUGGGAUAUGACAAGGCCAUGAGCCAACCAAAGAAAACCACCGCUCUGGCCCUGCGCAUCCCAAGCAUUAAAUUGAGAGUGGUCGAUGUCUCUGUGUCCUGUGAAAACCCACAAAUCAAGUUCCGUGACGUUUACGCCAUCGAGCUCUAUCGACUUCGAACGGAGUUCCAAAGAAGGGUACAGCGUCAAAAGGGUGACCUUCUUGAAGGUCUCAAGCAGGGUAUCACAGUCCACGCUGCGGCAGAUCACGCAUCGAUCGCGGUGGAGGGUGGCCGAGCAGAUGCAUUCCAGGAGAAAGCCGUCUUCGACUGCGAGCUAGGUGACAUGAACUUUUGGUUGGUUACCACACCCAAUAUCCGGUCUAACCUUCAAAUGCGGUACUUCAAUACGGUCACGUCCGCCAAGUCUGUGGAGGGUUUGGCUUUGCUUGUUCGCCGAGCGACGACAAUGUUUGACUCGGUGGCCUCGUCUUUCCAACAAGUAUCAUCAUCCAGCAAAAGACGUCUUCGACUUCUGCUCUACUUUGUCACGCAGUCCGCCACUGGUAUUCCAGAUCCCACAUUUUUGACGCGCAUAUCCUAUGUCCUGAGAGUUGUCUCGGCCCAUUUGCGACAGCAUGACUCUUGGAAGAUCAUCUCUCGUAUUCGCAAUGUCUACAAGAAUCUUCCAGCGCACCUUAAAGGGGAAUUGGAGAAGAACUGCCAGGGUGACAAUUUACCUUUACCUCCCAACGCCAAGUCGACGGUUUUGAAUGGCUUCGAUCAGUGGCGGGCCUGGGACCUAGCCCACGUUGAAAAGAGCUAUGUCAUGCGCAAGAUAUGGUCAACGCAAGAGCCUCAGCCUGCAACGAAGGAGCCCUCCCUUUCAUUAUCUUGCACCAUCAAAACGUUCAAGUUCUCUUUGGACCCUGGCCCAAGAGAAAGCGACCUCAUCAUUGAGAACCUGUCGACCAUCACGUCAGUAAUCCCAGAUAUGGCAAUCCAGGGAGAGAGUCCAAAGAAACAUAAGAAGGUUGUCAGUUGUCAGGUGUACAAUUCUUCUUCAGCUUUGCGUCUUCGAUGGGAGAUUGUGGAUCUAGUUGAAGGCGUGAUGAAAGUCAUGUCGAAUAUCACACUGGAAUCCAAGCCGGAGGAAACACCAACUGCGGCCAAAGAAACGAAACCCACUGAACUGCAAUUUGUUUUUGGCACCGAUUUUGGAUCCAUCACCCUUGAUGGUAUCAACGUCAAGCUUGCUUUAGUGUCGCGAUCUCUACGUGGCUCAGUCGUUCACAGUUCCUCGGGGCUUAAAGAUGCAACUACUGAAAAGCUUGCUCUUUUGUUCAGUGCCGCGGCAUGCUCUUCGGAGUUUCUGAGUCAAUCGACGACCCUCCUGCUGUCCAAGAUCGCAGAUCCUUAUCUCUUCUUCUCGCUUCUUUCCGAAGAAGAUGCCGCUAAGUGCAAGCGUGACUGGAAGAUCACCAGCUCAUGCAAAAAGCUUCGCUUCAAUAUGAUGCAGGAUCCGGUCAGUCUGGCACAUACGGCUGAUCUCCUAAUAGCAGAUGAAGUCUGGUACAUCCGACAACUCAUGGACAAUGUCAAGAUUCACAAGCAAGAUCCCGAUGUGAAUUCUGUCGCAUCCAAGAAGUCAACUAGUAACAAUGUCAAUGUGGCAAUGUUCCUAGACGAUUAUAGGCUAAGCUUCAGCCUUUUGCCGUCCUUGAAUUAUCAGAUCGUCGGCGACGUGGCACGGAUGUCCGUGAUGCCAACCGAGAACUCUAAGAUUGAAGUCGAUUUCGACGUCAAAAAGAAUUUCCACAAAUUCAUGUCUGGUGAUGGUGCCCGAUCUCACGCUUUGUCGGUCCUUGAGAUACCCCCAACCAAUGGCCGAAUUUUGGCAAACCUCUUGCCCGACCGGAAGGAGGUGGAGGUCGACAUGACCAUAGAGCUCAUUCAACUCGAAGCCAGUGCAGUACGAAGUCUUCUCGCUGUGCUGACUGGUCCCGACAUCUCGCACCUUCUUUCGGAUCUCAAGCAAAAUGUUGACGUUGUCAAGAGUCAUUUAACAGAUGUGCUUUCUUUGCAGAAAGAGUCGCCGAAGCCCAAAUCAACCACAGAAGAUACUGUUGUGCUAUACAAAUCCCGCCUCACUAUGGCAGGAAUCGAGAUCCACGCCAUUGCUUCGGGUCUGAAAGGACGGAACUACUCAGCAGAAAUGCUUCUCAGUCUGGGUAUGAUGCAGAUGCGCCUUCAGAAUGGUCUCGAUCGCGGCUAUACGAUGGAGUAUCCGGAGUUCAGUGUUGAUGCCUCUCAAAUCAAUUUCGAGCUACGCAGACGUGAGCGAUCAAAAAGCACGUUCUAUGGUGGGCUUUCCGCAGCACUCAAACUACUUGGAACUUCAACCGUUCGUGAGAAUGGGGAAGUCAUGCGAGCAUAUCACUUCACAAGUGAUAAGUUUGAUAUCGAAUUGUUUACCGAAACUGCUGCUUUGGUGGUCGAUAUUGCAAUUUACACGCAAGAACGGAUCAAGACGCUGGAUCUGUCGCAUGAAGUCAAGCGGCUCAGGAGACUACGGCAUCGCAACCACGACGUACCGGAAGUUCCAUCCGAGACGCCCGAGAUUCAUGUGAACGAUGAUAAUAAUCCACAGGCAUUUUUGAAUGCUUUGUACUCCUUGCAGUUCCUGGAUAUCCAAGUUGCCUGGAAUAUGCCCGCGGCAUUGUCCGGUGGCUCAGGUAGACAGCCUGAGGAUCUGGUCUUUUCGAUCCAGCAGGUUGAACUGUCUAACAAGAAGAAGAACGCGGCUAAACUUCGCAUUGGAGAUAUGCAACUCCAAAUGGUGCCAUUCCGGUCAGACAGGAAACAACGCUCCCUCAAUUCCGCACUCAUGCCAGAGCUUGUUUUCAAUGUUGCUUACUACUCCAGCGGCAAGGAUACAUGGCUUGCAUUCCAGGCAGCUGGCAAGUCGCUUGAUAUUCGAGCGACGUCCGAAUUCAUCAUUCCAGCGAACAUGAUACGAAAUUCCAUGGCCUCUGCAUCCGAGGCUCUCCGGGAAGGCAAAGUUGCUUGGGCGACGAAGUCGUCUCCAGAUGAUGAUAACAGCACCAAUAGCAACAAAGAUCGCAGCCUUUUCGGUAAUCGACGCUUGCGGUCUGUCUUUGUGGAUGUUGACUUUGCAGGUGCCACUGUCACACUGCAAGGCAAACAAGGGCAUGACUCCCAGAGCUUGCUGGCCUCCACUUUCAAGGGCAGCCGAAUCUCAGAAGGCAAGUACGGACAAUAUGUCCAAGGCGAUUCGGCGACGACAGCAACCCUUCGAGCCCCAGGUGUGGCAUUGAAGGUUCACUUCGAAGACAAUGGGACCGAUGAUCCUGCCCUCAACGCUGAACUCAAGGUUGAUCCGUCCACGAAUGUGCUCUACCCGACACUCGUGCCCUUGGUUAAACAGAUGACUGCUACCGUGAAAGAGAUCAUGAGUGAACAGCAAAGCCAGCAAAGCCAACAGAAUCAACAGAGCCAACAUAGCCAACGACCACAAACCCGCCGCCCAUCUGCGGCUUCUAAGCUGCAACCCCAGAAGCUGAUGCAAGAGACUCCAUUUGGAGCACAAGAUCCAACAUCAAUUCUGGGUCGCUGCAAGGUCAAUUUGGGAUUAUUGUUCAACAAACAAGAGUUCAGUCUGAGCUGUCAGCCAAUUGCCAGAGUGGCCGCCACAGCGCGAUUCGAGAGCGUGUACGUGACAGUCAACACCGUUCAAUCGGCAGAGCAAGCACGCUUUCUGGCCUUGUCUUUGGCAUUCAACAACCUAGAAGCUUCAGUCAAACAUGUUUACUCUAAUGAGUCUACGGCAAGCUUUGAAGUCAAGUCUAUGGUGCUGUCGCUCAUGAACAGCAAGCAUCUCGGCCGCAUGAGCGGGAUGUCGGCUAUUUUGAAAGUCAGCCCCAUGAAAGUUUCAUUGAAUGCGAAGCAAGUGCAAGACUCUCUACUGUUCCAAGAAAUCUGGCUGCCUUCCGAUGAUGAGUCUAGCCCUGCUGCGACUCCAGAGCCGCCUGCGCCUGCACCUACGCCUGCACCUACGCCUGAGUCUCAUCAGCCAUACAUUGUUCAACGAUAUCAACAAGUUGCUGCGGCGUCUGCGUUCCCUUGGAAUACCACUAUUGCUAUUGAGAAGCUUGAGAUUCAACUUGAUCUAGGCUCAACUCUUGGAAAGGCGCAAUUCGCUAUUGACAACGUAUGGGUGUCAUCGAACAAGACUUCCGACAGCGAACAGAGCAUGUGCAUCAACCUUGAUAGUGUGAGUAUUGAAAGCAAGGGCCGUUUGAGUGGCGUUGUUGAGCUCCGUACUUUCAAAGUCCGCACCUCUAUCCAAUGGCCAGAGGAGAAUGACGAGGCUAUGCAUACCCCUCUCAUUCAGGCAUCCAUUGCCUUCCAUCACCUCCAGGCCAAGGUGUCCUUCGAUUACCAGCCUUUCCUUGUCGCACAUAUUGCCAUGUUUAACUUCUUGAUGUACAAUGUACGCGAAUCCUCUGGGGAAGACAAUCAGCGACUCUUCAGUAUGUUGGAGGGAGACGAGGUCCAAGUUUUCUGCACAUCUUUGACAGCCUCCCAAACACUGGCUCUCUAUCAAGCUUGGCAGCGACUGGUUCAAGACAAACAAGCUGCGUAUGAGGCAUCACUCCGUGAAGUGGAACGAUACCUUCGGCGCAAAUCCACCAUGCAAGCAGACCGAACAGAGGUUCAAACGAAGGAACUUGCCAAGAAGAGCGACGAAGAGUCCGAACAGGCGCCAAUUUCGCUGCAUACUGGGGUUGUCGUCAAUAUUCGCCAUGUCAAUCUCGGCGCAUUCCCGAGCACCUUCUUUGACAACCAGAUUUUCAAAGUGGAGGCAUUCGAUGCCCAGGCCCGAUUUGCUGUAUCACUUGAAUCGAACAAGAUCCACAGCGCGUUAGGCCUAACUUUAGGCCAACUUCGCGUGGCACUCUCUGGUAUCAGUCGGCCGAGCGCCGCCCAGCUUGAAGAGUUGUCGGUAGACGAGAUGGCCGACCGUGCUGCCAACUCCCGCGGCGGGACCAUCCUCAAAGUCCCUCGACUGGUCGCUGGAAUGGAAACAUGGCAAGUCCCCGGAACCAGGCAAAUCGACUACAUAUUUCGCAGUACCUUCGAGGGUAAAGUGGAUGUGGGCUGGAACUACUCACGCAUCAGUUUCAUCCGCGAUAUGUGGGAAACACACACUCGGGCCUUUGCUUCCCGACUUGGCAAACCGCUUCCGCCAUCUGCCGUGCGCAUCACCGGUGGUCCCGGUAGUGGCAGUGCCGAAGGAAGUGGUUCUGGAACCGAGCAGCAGGAGAAGAUUACCGCCGUGGUCAAUGUGCCACAAUCCAAGUACACUUACACGGCCCUUGAGCCGCCCGUCAUUGAGACGCCACAGUUGCGCGAUAUGGGCGAAGCAACACCACCACUGGAAUGGAUUGGGUUGCAGCGUGACAAGCUCCCCAAUAUCACGCACCAGAUCAUUAUUGUUACGUUGUUGGAGAUUGCGAAGGAAGUGGAAGAUGCAUAUGGGACGAUCCUCGGAGCGUAA